AUGGAUGCCGGCAAAGUUCCAAUCAAGUACGCUAAGGUGAUCGCAGUGCUUGGCCGCACUGGAUCCCGCGGAGGUGUCACACAAGUUCGCGUCGAAUUCAUGGACGACUCCGACCGAAGCAUCAUCCGCAACGUCAAGGGCCCAGGUAUGCAAUGA